AUGGCCGCAUUGCUUGCGGAUCCCUCAACCCAUCAUACUCUUGUUGGCAAAAGAUGCGGUCUGACCUCGCACCCUGUCAAUCUGGGCAUGUUCCUCCAGGAUCAUGAGAACGGCGGUGAAGCCUCGCGCUCAUCAGAGACACAGGACUCUCGCAUGUGCAUGAGCAUGAGCGUGAUCCUGGAGAUUGGCGAGCCGUCCACACCUACUCCCUCACUUGCAACAGCUUCGGUUGUCGACCACGAUGAUAACGUUAGCAAUCAAACAAACUAUGGUCAGGAAGGCCACUACCUUGACGGCCCUGACUCGCCUAUGACGGCUGACGAAGAUCCCAACGUCGACAACCAUCCAACACAUGGCCUCGCCAGCCAGGAAGGUCACAGCCACCACGCUGACGGGCCCGACGUAGCCAUGACGGCAGUAGACGAAGAGGCGGGCUCAUCCGAGGUUCUAGAAAUGGCGUACCGUCCCCCGCGGCAGCAGCCAGGAAAUCGGGUCCAUAGGCCUCCGGUCCGAGACGGGGAACAAGUCCAAUCAAGCUGGGGCCGUUGUUGCGUGUGCGAGGCCACCGGGGAGAUCAUGAGUUGGCCACAGUGUCAGGCAUGUCACCACAACAAGUGCCAGUGGUGUGAGCACUCUGAAGGACGCUCGGCCCCCAAUGCCGACGACGUGACGGUGGACGAGAGGCUCAACCGACUGAAUGAGCUCUCCGGAGAGAUGGGGUUGGAGCUGGAAGCACUGGCUGACGACGAGACUUUGUUGCUGCUGCCUCGGCAAAGGCUCCUUGGUCGAUUGUGGGAGUCAGUGAUCCAGCUCAACGCCCGUCUCAGCGACUUGGAAGCGCAUCUGCCCAAGCUGAAGUCGCCGACUCGAAUCUCCAGAGAGGAGGAUUCCCCCAAGGACAAGGACGACGAUGAUGAUAAUGCUGACAACCACAAAACCGAGAGUGAGAGAAAUGAGCGCGACAAGGGUACAGCGGCGGCGGCGGCGGCGGCGGCGGAGGAGGGCAGCACCGACGACAAUAGCUACGUCGUCGUCAAGACCGAGGAGUGCUGA